UGACUUCAUUUUAUCGUUGGUGUGACGUAAGACUUUACUAGACUAUUUUAACAUUCGCAAUCUCUAAACGUGUUUCAGUAGUAAAGAAACGCUGCAAAUGCAAAGAUUAACGCGUUUAACUUUUUAAAUAAACGACAUUAAAUAUUUUUUCACACAUUUAAAAUAGUAACGAGUAACAAAAAUAUUAAUAAUUCUAUAAAAAAAGGAACAUCAUAAAAAACGGUUUAAAAAAAGUGAAUCAUGAUUACGAUGUACUUAUUGCUAUUGACCUUCAUUGUUGGAGCGAUAGGUCUUCUAUUAUUUACCUAUCGUUAUAGAAAUUAUUGGAAAAGACAAGGAGUAAUUCCUCAUAUCAAACCUGUACCCUUAUUCGGAAAUACAUUAGAUGUGAUGUUUAAGCGAUCUCUAUCAGGACCUGAGUUUAUCAAUAAAAUAUACCAACUAUUUCAAAAAGCUAAAUACACCGGUAUAAUGAUGUUUCACACGCCAUUAAUUGUCCUACAAGAUCCAGAAUUAAUAAAAGAAAUUUGCAUUAAAGACUUUGACUAUUUUCCUGAUCAUAAUAGUUUUUUUACAGAAGAUGCAGAUCCUUUGUUUGGAAAGAAUUUAUUUGUUUUACGAGGAAACAGAUGGAAAGGAAUGCGAAAUACAUUAUCGCCAACGUUUACUGCAAGUAAAAUGAAAUUUAUGUUUACAUUAAUCUCAAAAUCAAGUCAAAAUUUUGUUGAUUAUUUUUUGAAUAAGGAAGACGAAACAUUUUGUAUCGAGAUGAAAGAUAUUUUUACACGCUACACGAAUGAUGUAAUAGCAACAGCUGCUUUUGGAAUCACUGUUAACUCAUUAAAGGAUCGAGAUAAUGAAUUUUAUCUGCAUGGAAAGGAUGCAACAAAUUUUAAUAGUUUUUCUCGUGGAUUAAAAUUUAUCGCCUUACGUUACUGUGCACCAAUUACGAAAUUAUUUGGAGCCACAGUAAUGUCACGUUCGGCUACUCAUUUUUUUCAGAAUCUUAUUCAAGAAACUGUGAAAAUAAGAAAUGAGAAAAAUAUUAUCCGACCAGAUAUGAUACAUUUAUUAUUGGAAGCUAGCCGAAAUGAAAAAGGUGUUGAAGUGACAAUUGAUGAUAUUAUUGGGCAUUCAAUUAUAUUUUUCCUUGCUGGUUUCGCUACAUCUGCAUUAGUAAUGGGAUUUGCGGCACAUGAACUUGUCGUAAAUCCUGAGAUACAGGAAAAGCUGCGCAAGGAAGUGGACCAUUUUACAAAAGAAGAAGGUGGAGAAAUUUCAUACGACACGAUUUCCAAGAUGAAAUACUUGGAUAUGGUAAUUUCUGAAACACUUCGAAAAUAUCCUCCAAAUGCAAUGAUGGAUAGGUUAUGCGUGAAGAAAUAUACUUUACCAAAAGCUACGCCAGAUAGUAAAGAAUAUGUGAUUGAACCAGGUUCUAUGAUAUGGUUACCUAUAUAUGGUUUACAUCAUGAUGAAAAAUAUUUCCCAGAUCCGGAAAAAUUUGAUCCUGAGAGAUUUAGUGAUGAGAAUAAGGAUAAAAUUAAUCCUUAUGCCUAUAUUCCGUUUGGAUUGGGACCAAGAAAAUGUAUAGGCAACAGAUUUGCUUUAAUGGAGAUAAAAGUACUGUUUGUUCAUUUGUUGCAGAAUUUUAUUUUAAUACGCGAUGAAAGAACAAAACAUCCCUUAGAAUUUGAGAAAGGUUUUGUUGUUGGUGCCGAUGGUGAAUUAUGGAUUAAAAUGAAGAAGAGGAACAACGAUAAUAAAAAGUUGAUGUGAUUUUAUUUAAUAUGUGAUGAAAUUUCUAUUUCAAAUUAAAAAUCUAGUUAAAUCUGUUUUUUUGUUAUUUAGCGAAAGUGUGUUUAAUUUUUGUUACCUAUUUGAUACUUAACUACUAUUUCGGCACUGAAAAAUUAUUUGGUUCGAUUAAAUAUUAAUUUGAUAUAUUCAUGUAAAUAUUUGAAUCAAAUUAAUUUUUUUUCAGUGUAUUUUGAAACAGAAGCAUUUUUACUUUUUCUACAGAAAUGCUUUAAAAUGAAAAUUUAUAAGAGAUUGCACAACCUUUUUUUGAGUUACAGAUUUUCGGGAAGUUUAAGGACUAAUAGAGCUAAUUAAAUUAAUGAUUAAUUUAAAUGUUUUUAAAAAAUUUCGUAUGUUAUUUACUACAACCUUGCAUUUAAUUGACAUAAUUGUAGCAGUUCUACUUUAACAUUUUGCUAUAGUAGUCGCAACGCAAUAUGGCGUCGCAAUAUUUUUAUUGUUCUUGACAUUCAUAUACUUGUCGCGGUCGGUGUUGUAUUAUUCGUUCUCAAAAAAAUUAAUCCUAUACAUUGAAUCAUAAAUUUCAUAAAAAUAAAAUUUACAAUAAACUAUUGUCAUAAAUA